AUGUCUCAAAAAUUUAAAUUUGGACUGGUAGUUGAUGAAGAUACAGAUGAAAUUGGAGGGAACUCAAUGAACCGAAAAGGAACUGGAGUUAUGCCAUAUAAAGAACACAAUAAUGCAAAAGCAAGCAGUGCUUUCUCACAAGAUUGCAAUGAAUUCAGGGCAAAUCAACUACCAGGUGAAGACCAGAAGUAUGAUGAGAUGCCACAGGCAGUUCAUGAUCCUUGUUUGCUGGAAAAAUCUAUGAAGCAAACAAUGCUGCAAGGAGACAAGGAAGUUAGCAGAAAUGAAAAGAUUGAAAGGAUCCUUGCAAACCCAGCAAACCCAGAUGUUUCAGCUAGCAGUGACAUUUUAAACAUAGAUUCAGAUGCCAGGGGAUGCCUUCUGUUCAAAGAUUUGGAUGCCCACCCAGAAAAUGAUGAUGAUUUAGAAUUACAAUUUGCUAAAGAUGCUGCACACAUUGAGAAUGUUGGGCCCUUAAAGUUUACUUCAAACUUUAAGAAGACAGAAGAUAAUGAAAGUGGAAGAAUGGAAAAAGAUAUGUAUGAGACACCAAAUUAUACUGAUGGUAUUCAAGGUAUGAGUAAGAAGUUCCUGAUUGGCAGAAUAGAAUCCGUGACAGAGUCCCUUGAUGGGAGUGUUGCCAAUGAGUUUGAAGGCUGUGAUACAUUGAAUAUGGAUGAGCUUAAAGCUGCUCUAAAAGCAAAACGAAAGGCCCUGAGUGCAUUGUAUGCUGAAGUUGAUGAAGAGAGAAAUGCCGCUGUCAUUGCUGCUAACCAAACUAAGACUAUGAUGACCGGGUUUCAAGAAGAGAAAGCUGCUAUGCAGAUGGAAGCAUUGCAAUAUCAGCGAAUGAUGGAGGAACAAUCAGAAUACGACCAGGAAGCUUUACAGCUUCUCAAUGAGCUCAUGAUCUAUCACUCUAGCUUCAUUGUCAACUUAUGUAAUGUACAUAAAUCGAAGGUAAUCUGUCCUCUCGGAUAG